AUUCGACUCAACUUACUCAAAACUAAUUUAAUAUUCAUUUGAAUUUCGAGUCAAGCUAAUGUGAGAAAAAUAUCGUGCCUAAUUUUAUUACUGAAAAGUUGUUUAGAAAAAUAAAAUAGAAAUGGCUGGUCAUGUUAGCAUUAUGAGCAGCGUUAGCGAAUCCGCUCAGGAUGAAAAUGAAAUAAAAGAACAAAUACAGACUGUUCCAGAAACACCAGUUCCAACAUAUUCCGACGAAGAACUAGCACAACUGGUAACCUUCGUUCAACGUAUGACAGUAUUAUACGGUCUUGACCACCGAGACUGGACGGAAGUGGCUUUGUCUGUUAUACGUAGCUGGUUUCUUGGAGUGAAUGAAUUGGUCUUGACUAUAUUUUACGACCAAAACAAACUGAUUGCAUGUCUAAGCUUCCCAAUAGUACCAGUACAAGGUUUGACGUACUUUAUGCGAAAACCAAACGAAAUUUUCGAUGUGGAGACCUUUCAUGAUGAAGUUAUAUACGGAACUCUACAUGAAAAUAUUGAUAAAGCUUUUUUAAGAACCCUGACUUUAAUUUAUGCUCCUUAUUUUCGAGACUACACAGACUGGAGUGACAAUGUCCGUUAUAGAUUUUUCAAUGCAUUGGAUAAAGUUCUAGCCAAUGUGACUGGGUUGCAUUAUAAGAUUUCUGGAGCAACUGUAUUGUACGUUCCCACGAUAAAAAACAAAUCCAAUCCAAGUGUUGCGGCCAGAGAUCGUGAGCUCGUCAAAAGCCUCGAAGCUAUUGCUGUUCAUUGGGGAACUCAGAUUAGAACAUGUUUGACAGACAAAGUACUGGUGGCACCGCAUGAACUUGUUUGUCCAAUUGAAGAAUAUGAAUUCUGGGUAUACCGAUAUGAAGUUCUUCAAUGUUUAAGCAUUCAACUACACAGUGAUGAUAUACAAAACGUUGUUCAAAUACUUCGAAUAGCUCAAUCUGUUUACAUUAAACAAAUGGAAGAGUUAAUACAAGAAUGCGAUAGUGAAUUGAUUGAAUCCAAGUCGAAUGUUAAAUAUCUUCAGUUGCUUGUCAAGCCCUCACAGAUGCUGGAGAAUGCAAAAAGUCCAGCAGAAAUUCCCACAAUGCUUCCCCGUUUUAUUCAUCUUAUACGAUUUAUUUGGCUCAAUUCAGAGUAUUACAACAAACCUGAGCUCAUUACGGGACUGUUUCGAAAUUUGAGCAACCAAAUCAUACAAUUCUGCACAUCACAAACAAAUAUCGACAAAAUCCUUGAUGGUCACCCAAGAUUCGGCAUCCAAAUGUGCAAUAUGUCAAUUGAGUGUUGUUUAUCAUAUAAAGCAAUAUUCAAGGAAAUUUUAAAACAAUAUGAAGGAAAUGAUAAAACUCUUGGACGGGGGCUGGAUGAAGCUAUGAUAUUUAAUCAUGUUAAUGCAUUUGAAGAACGUUUGCAUGAUUUAAUUGAUAUUUGCCAAUCAAUGAUAGUAUUUGGGAGAUUGGAUGAGACGGAAGUUAUUCCGAAGCCAUUAUUUGGAGGAACUCGAGGAUCGUAUUUCGAACGAAAGUCAGAAAAUGUGGAAUCUAAUUUUAUGAAAAUAUUGGAAACACUGAGGAAAGAUUCAAAGGAUUUAAUAUUGGAUGUACAUCGAAAUGAAUGGUAUGCCGAGGUGCUAAAAUAUCGCAAGAUGAUUCGUAGUCUUGAAGAAAUCGUACAACGUUUGAUGUCAAGUGUAUUUCAAAGUAUAUGCAAUGUCGAAGAGGGUUUAGAAGUUUUGGUGACUCUGCAUUUUUAUUCAUUUCGGGAUGCUCUACGAAGGACAUAUUUAAAACAGGUCAGUGAAGUGUGGGCAAUGUUUAUUACAGAUAUUGCAGCAACAAAUGAAAAGCUCAAAGAACAAUCUCAAUACCAUGAAUCAUGGGUUCCGAAAUACGCCUCAAAGGCAAUGAUGUACAAAACGAAUUUAGAACGAUUAACAUGGAUAAAAGAUCGUUUAGAAUAUUCCGAAUGGCUACCGGAUGUCAGCUUCUCGAAAGUUGCAUUGACAAAAUUUAUUGCAUGUAACGAGGAUUAUCGCAAGGAAAUGCAAAAAUCAUUCAAAUCAUGGACACAAGUAGCUGAUGUAGAUUUCGUUCCAAAAUUAAAUCGUACACUUUUGAUUCGAAGUAAAGCUAAGAGGGGCCUCUUGGAAUGCAAUAUUGAUCGAUCUCUUCUGCAAAUCUGCGAAGAAGCUCGAUAUUUUGCCCAAAUGGGAUUUCAUAUCCCGCCAAAUAUCAACAAGCAAUACUCCAAGUAUUCCAGCAUGAAAUUCGUCUACAACAGCGUGAUAACAGUUUGCUUGUCUUACAACCGCAUCUUGGCAACCUUAUCACCAGGUGAAAGGAAACUUUUUGCAAUGCUCAUUCAAGGUUGCGAUAAAAAAAUUGCUCCAGGAAUUUUUAAGCUUAGUUGGGGUGGUGAAUUUAGUGAUGAGUACAUAGUGGAUUGUAGCAAACAUACCGAGAAGCUGCAAGGUACUGUUGAUAUCUAUAAAAGAGCCAACUUCAAUAUCAGUAGAGCGUGUGAAAAAAUUUGCAAUCUAACUUUCUUCAAUAUUUUAAAUACUGGACAGUCUUUGGAGAGUUUUGAGAAGAAUCUUGAUGCACAAUGUAAAGCUACAGCUAAAAUACUAUCGAAGCAAUAUUCAUUUAUUCUUGAAUUGAUAUUAGCAGUAUUUAGAGAAUUUCAAAACGUUUACGAUGAGAUGGUUCCUCAAUGGACUUACUAUAUAAACCGUUUAGAUGACAUGCUAGAAGCUGCUUUUCUAAUUUGCGUCAAAAACUCUUUGACGAAUGUGUUUGACGUUCUUCAUGGAAGAACAAAUGUUGGGCCUUCACAAAUAUUAUUAGUGAAUAUUGACAUACAGGACAGAAAGAUUGUUUUUUUACCUGCUACUCGAGACAUUUCACUUGCAUUUCAAACUUUACUUUCUCGGAUAACAAAUGUUUUGAAAGACUUUCCCCGUCUUUGGCAAAAGUUUAAGCUUUCAACUUAUUCCCGAACUUUUGAUGAUAUUGUUAGAAAUAACUCUGACUGCAUUGCACUGGAAAAGAACAUUAUGCAUGAAGUUGAAUACAAUAUAUCUGAGUUGAAUGCUUUUCUUGUCAAUUGGACUAAAUUUCAACCAAUUUGGGAAAUGCAGGAAUUGACGUUUCUCAAAAACUGGGAGGAGCGAGAACAAACUGCUGAAGCAUUUGAUGAAAGCUUAUCUAAUUAUACAAGCUUCGCAAAUGAAGUUUCAAUUCAAGAAACAAUAUCUACAGUACACUUCAUCACUAUUAACUCGAGUAAAUUGAAGAAUUCUAUUCUAGAUUUCAUUGAUUGUUGGCAGGAUUUUAAUGUUAAAUUACUAAAGAAAAAGGCUUACGCUAGAAUCAAAGGUAUUUUUUUAAACUUAAAAACCACAAUUUAUCUUUAUGUAAUUUUGUUUUCAGGUAUUUACAAAUACAUGAACUACAAUAUCGAAAAAGUCUCUAUCAUUCCAAGAACUCUUAAAGAAAUUAAAGAGUCAACAAAAUUUUAUGAGCAACUUGUCAAAGAAAUUGAACCAAAAUCAAAUGAGUUUCCAGCUAUUUUAGAACUUUUUAAAGUUCUUGCCAAUUAUCAGAUUAAGUUUCCAUCCAAUUCACUCGAACUGGUUCAAAAUUUGGAUCAGGAGUGGCAAAACUACAUUAAGAAGCUUUUAGAAGCUGAUGAAAUGCUCGGAAAUACAAAAGAAGAAUUCAAAGCUUCGCUCUUAGCUCAGUCUGAAAAAUUCAAAGUUGCAAUCAAAACUCUUAUGGAAGAAUUUCUUCUCAAAGUUCCAACAUCAUCACAAAUACCUUCUAAAAUAGCUUUGAAAUAUUUGGAUUUAAUCCGACAAAAAGUUGAAGCCUGUUUCAAGUUUGAAAAGAGUUUAAGUGCAGAUUUGAAAAUUUUUGGAAUUGGUUAUUUUGAAAACGUAGAACUGAAAAAGAUCGAAAGUGAAGAGAAAAUCCUACGGCACAUUUGGGAAUUGGUAAACGAGUGGACUAUUUCUUGGAAUGAAUGGAAAGAUGGAAAUUUUUGGAAAAUAAACUUGGAUGUGAUUGAGGAUACUGCAAUAUCUCUGUACACUCAAUUUAACCAACUUUGUAAAUCGUACAAUGAUAGAAAUUGGGAAUUUUUGGAAACUAUACGGAAGAAUGUCGGAGAAUUUCGAAAAACCUUACCUCUGAUAGCUGCUUUAAGAAAUCCAUCCAUGCGACCACGUCAUUGGGAUAAAUUGCGAGCAGUUGUUGAAAUGGAAUUCGAUCAAUAUGCCAAGGACUUUACCCUGGACAAAAUAAUUGCAAUGAAUUUCCAAGCAUUUUCUGAAGAAAUUCAAGACAUUUCAAAUGCGGCAACAAUGGAGCUUCAAAUUGAAAACGCAAUAAAAAAUAUUGCAACAAUUUGGGCAAUUCAGAAGUUUGAAGUUGCUCACUAUAGAGACGGAAUUUAUAGAAUUAAAAAUGUCGAAGACUGUGUUCAACUUUUGGAAGAGCAUCUUAUACAAAUUUCCAGUAUGAAAUCUACCAAGUUUGUCGAGCCUUUCAUAAAAACUGUUGAUUAUUGGGAAAAAACUUUGGCUAAUGUGUCGGAAACUCUCGAAAAAGCUCUGACUGUUCAACGCCAGUGGUUGUACUUGGAAAACAUAUUUGCUGGUGAAGACAUCAGUAAACAAUUACCACUUGAAAAUAAACGGUUCCGAGAGCUAACAAUCGAAUGGGGAUCAAUAACUGAGAAAAUGUUUCAUGCCAAGUCUGCAGUCAAGGCCAUUCAUCACCGGAUACAUGGAUUUUUGCUUCAGCGAUGUACAAACAUUGAAGAUGAACUGGAAAAAAUCCAAAGGGCUCUUGAAAUAUAUUUGGAAAGUAAAAGACAACUCUUCCCCAGAUUUUAUUUCAUAUCAAACGAUGAUUUGUUGGAGAUUUUAGGAAAUGCCAAGAAGCCUGACUUGAUUCAAACUCAUUUAAAAAAGCUUUUCGACAAUCUAUACAAAUUGGAAUUAAAGAAAAUUCUAGGGAAGCAAAUUCGUUGGCAAUCGUUAGGAAUGUAUGCAAACGACGGAGAAUAUGUCGAAUUUCCAAAUAUUAUUUACAUUGAAGGCCCUGCUGAAAAAUGGUUGGCGACUAUAGAAACUCAAAUGCUAGCUGUAUUGAAGAACAAAUUGAAGCUUACUAGAGCCUCUCUAAAGCAAUUAAUGACAAAUCGUGAGAAAUGGCUGAAAUCUUGGCCUGGUCAGCUGUGUUUGACAACAGCUCUAAUGCAGUGGACUGCUGAGUGUACAAGGAGCUUAGUUCACUGUAAAAUUGUAAACAGCAAGAAACCGCUUCGUAAGUUGAAACGCAAGCAGAACAAGGUUCUCGGAAUUCUUUCGGAUCUCAGCAGAAAGGAAUUACCAACAUUACUGCGAAUCAAAGUCAAUACUCUGAUAACCAUCGAAAUUCAUGGACGGGAUGUAAUUGAACGAAUGUACAAAAUGAACUGCAGGGAUGUAAGCCAUUUUGAAUGGUUUUCUCAGUUACGAUUUUACUGGGACAGAGAUUUAUCAACUUGCAAUAUCAAGCAGACCAAUACCCAGUACACUUACGGGUAUGAAUACACGGGUAAUUCUGGUCGAUUGGUGAUUACUCCGUUGACUGAUCGAUGUUAUAUUACCCUCACAACUGCCCUUCACCUUCAUCGAGGAGGAAGCCCUAAGGGACCGGCAGGAACCGGCAAGACCGAAACCGUUAAAGAUCUUGGCAAGGCUCUCGGAUUGUGGGUGGUUGUUACAAAUUGUUCUGAGGGUCUAGACUACAAGAGUAUUGGAAAGAAUUUUUCGGGUCUUGCUCAGACGGGAGCCUGGGGCUGCUUUGACGAGUUCAAUCGAAUAAAUAUUGAAGUUUUAUCUGUGGUAGCUCAGCAAAUUCUGUCAAUCAUGACUGCUCUUUCAGCGAAACAGAAAAUGUUCAAUUUUGAAGGUCAGAUGAUCAGACUCAGACCAACCGUAGGUUUGUUCAUAACCAUGAACCCAGGCUAUGCUGGUCGAACAGAACUUCCAGAUAAUUUAAAGUCUAUGUUUAGGCCUAUCGCAAUGAUGGUGCCUGAUAAUAUUAUAAUUGCCGAAAACUUGCUCUUUUCGGAUGGUUUUCAAAAUGCAAGAAUUCUUGCUCGGAAAGUUUUUACACUUUACGAGCUGGCCAAGCAACAAUUGUCAAAGCAGUGUCAUUAUGAUUUUGGUCUACGUUCGAUGGUUGCACUUUUAAGGUACGCUGGGAAGAAACGGCGACAACUUCCCGGAACUUAUGAAGACGAAAUUGUCUAUUUGUCAAUGCGAGAUAUGAAUGUUGCAAGAUUAACUGCCGAAGAUUUGCCUCUCUUCAAUGGGAUUAUGGAAGAUAUCUUUCCCGGACUUUUUAUUCCUACUGUCGACUAUACUGACUUCAUAGAAGCCAUUUCGGCAGAAUUUAAAUCUAAUGGCCUACAAUUGAUACCAAAUGCCAUUAAAAAAGUUAUAGAGGUUCAUGAAACCAAAAGCUCAAGACAUUCCACAAUGAUUAUUGGAGACACUUGUACAGCAAAAAGUGUUACCUGGAAAGCCCUCCAGGGGGCCUGCAAUAGAUUGAACAACUUGAAAAAAGAGGGAUGGGAAAGUGUUACGGUCUACCCAAUGAAUCCAAAAGCAUUGAAUCUGGCAGAACUUUAUGGAGAAUAUAACCUUGCAACAGGAGAAUGGUUAGAUGGUGUUUUAAGUUUGAUCAUGCGAACAGUUUGCGCUGAAGAAACGCCUUCACAAAAAUGGAUUCUAUUUGACGGUCCAGUCGAUGCAGUUUGGAUUGAAAAUAUGAAUUCUGUCAUGGAUGACAAUAAAGUUCUGACUCUGGUAAAUAGUGAACGUAUAACUAUGCCACCUCAGGUUUCUCUUCUGUUUGAGGCCUCAGAUUUGGCUGUAGCGUCGCCAGCUACGGUAUCACGUUGCGGAAUCGUGUACAAUGAUUACAAUGACUGGGGAUGGCGUCCAUAUGUGCAAUCAUGGCUAGAUCGACAACCUUUAAAAGAGUUCGUUAAUAUCUUGAGAGGGCUUUUCGAUGACUAUAUUGAUAAAAUAUUGGACUUUAAGAAAACUCGGUGUCGCGAAACUAUAGUUACCAAUGAGUUGAACAUGGUAAUGUCUAUGUGCAAGCUUCUGGAAUGUUUUGCUACAAAAGCAAACGGAAUAACAGCAGGCAACUCAGAAGAUCUUGAAAUUAUGACCAAGUUAUGGUUUUUGUUUUGUAUGAUUUGGUCGAUAUGUGCCACCGUUGACGAGGAAGGCCGUUUAAAAAUUGACGCCAUGAUACGUGAAAGAGAAAGUUGUUUUCCAAUAAAGGAUACAGUCUACGAUUAUUAUGUUGAGGUUCACUAUAAAACAUUUGUACUUUGGGAAAGUAAACUGAGUGAUACUUGGAAAUAUGACCAAAAUGUUCCAUUUUACAAAAUCAUUGUACCUACGGUUGAUACUAUACGGUAUGAAUACUUGGUUUCUAAGCUUUUGAUAUCCGAAAGUCCGGUAAUGCUUGUAGGUAAAGUUGGAACGGGAAAGACUUCCACUGCAAUCAGUGUGACGAAUUCAUCUAAUCGAGACACUUAUUCAAUUCUUUCGAUCAAUAUAUCAGCUUUGACAUCACCAGCGGGCCUUCAAGAGUCAAUUGAAAGUCGAACUGAAAAACGUACAAAAGUCUUAUAUGUGCCUAUAGGAGGAAAAAAGAUGAUACUCUUCAUGGAUGACUUUAAUAUGCCAGCAAAGGAUACAUAUGGAUCACAACCACCCCUAGAACUCAUACGACAAUGGAUUGACUACAAGUUUUGGUUCGAUCGAAAAACCCAACAAAGAAUUUAUGUCCAAAAUACAACCUUGAUUGCGGCCAUGGGUCCUCCAGGAGGAGGUCGACAAGAAAUAUCUCCCAGAACUUUAAGUCGAUUUUUCAUAAUCAACAUGACUUUUCCUACCGAGGCAAUAACUGCUCAUAUUUUCGGAACUCUCCUAAGGCAAAAGUUAAGCGAUCACGAAUCUGAUGUCCAGAAUUUGUGGAAUCCAAUUACUCUGGCAACAAUUGAUUUGUUUAAUGCGGUGUGCAAAAAACUUUUACCAACUCCAACCAAAACCCAUUACUUGUUUAAUUUGCGUGACAUCUCGAAGAUCUUCCAGGGUCUAUUACGUAGUGAUGCAAAGUCUACAAUAAAGAUGGCAACCAUUCAGCGCCUUUGGAUUCAUGAGUGCUUUAGAGUAUUCAGUGAUCGAUUGGUAGAUGAAUCGGAUCAGUCAUGGUUUGUGUCUGAGAUAAAUGACACUAUUGGCAGGCACAUGGAUUCAACUUUCCACAGUUUGUGUCCAAAUAAAAUAGUUCCAAUAUUUGGUGACUUUUUGAGUCCACAGGGCUUUUAUGAGGACAUUGUAAACUUUGAAAGCCUGCGCAGCUACAUGAUCAGUCAGUUGGAAGAAUACAAUUUAGUUCCUGGAUCAGUGAGAGUGAAUAUAGUUUUCUUUCGAGAGGCUAUAGAACAUGUGGUUAGAAUAGUUCGGGUUAUCUCACAGCAAAAAGGGCAUAUGUUGCAUAUUGGCAUUGGAGGUUCGGGUCGACAAGUUUUAGCAAGAAUGGCAACCUUUAUUUGUGAAUAUGAUGUUUUUAAAGUUGAAGUAACUAGAAAAUAUCGAACUCCAGAAUUUCGAGAAGAUCUAAAGUCUUUGUACAAAAUCACUGGCAUCAAAAAUAGGCCAUGUGUGUUUCUAUUUAGCGGUGAUCAGGUUAUGGAAAGUGCGUUUUUAGAAACAAUCAAUAAUAUGCUUAGUACUUGUGAAGCAAAUUUAUUUAAAACCGAUGAGUUUGAGGAGCUCAAGCCUGGUCUUGAACGACAAGCUAAGAAGAUGGGAGUUCAAGCUACAACAGAAGCUUAUUAUAACCUAUUUAUGCAAAACGUUUGUAAUAACCUUCACAUAAUCAUAUGCUUGAGUCCAAUCGGUGAAGAUUUUAGACUUUUCUUGAGACAAUACCCAGGCUUGAUAAAUGCAACAACUUCGAAUUGGUUUAGAAUGUGGCCACAAGAAGCACUCUUAGAAGUUGCUCAGAAGUCUUUGCUUGGUGUACAACUUAACGUCCCUAUUCCGGGACAGAAUCUUUCAUCGAGCAAGGAUAGCCUUGUGCACAUCACUGAAGAGAUUUUACAAGAAAAUGCUGCUCGUGUCUUCUCAUUCAUUCACUCAAGUGUUGUCGACUUUUCUAACCUUAUGCUUAUUGAAAUGCAGCGUCACAAUUAUGUGACUUCCAUUAACUUUCUUGAACUUGUCUCGGGAUUUAAAGAUCUGUUACAAUCAAAACGAAUCGAAGUGUCUUCGAAUUCUAAUAAACUUCGCAAUGGGCUCUCGAAAAUUGAAGAAACUCAGGAAAAAGUUGCUAUUAUGUCGGAAGAUCUAAAAGUCAGUCAGGAACAAGUGAAAGAACUCACGAGCCAAUGUGAAGUGUUCAUAGCUGAGAUAGGAGUUCAAAGUCAAGAAGCCGAAGAACAAAAAGAAAAAGUCGACGAAGAAAGUAAAAUUAUUUCCCAAGAAGAAGUAGUUUGCAUUGAAUUAGCUGAAAUUGCCCAACAAGAUCUUGAUUUUGUAAUGCCAAUGAUAGAUAAUGCUGUUAAGGCUCUAGAUGCCCUUAACAAAAAAGAUUUGUCUGAAGUCAAAUCCUAUGGAAAACCUCCACCGAAAAUUGAAAAGGUCAUGGAAGCUGUUAUGAUACUUUUGGGUAAGGAACCCACCUGGGAGAUGGCCAAAAAAAUGCUGGGCGAGCAGAGUUUUCUCAAUGAUUUGCGAACUUUUGAUCGAGAUCAUGUUUCAGAUAAAACUUUAAAACGGAUAGGGCUGUAUACACAAAACCCUGAACUAGAGCCGGAAAAGGUUGCAACCGUUUCUUCGGCUUGUAAAUCGUUAAUGCUGUGGAUCAUUGCAAUUGAAAACUAUGCCAAAGUGUAUAGAAUAAUGGCACCGAAAAAGGAAAAACUCGACAAGACUAUGCAGUCGUUAGCUGAAAAGCAAGCAUUGUUAGCAUCAGCACGACGAAAGUUGGAAGAAUUGAACUCAAAACUAGAGAGGCUGAGAGAUGAUUUUAAAGAAAAAUCUGAGCUUUUGGAAAACCUCAAAAAUAAAUCUGAGAAACUAAGAAAACAACUUGACCGAGCAAUUAUAUUGGUUGAGUCUUUGUCAGGGGAACGUCAACGCUGGAUGGAUACUGUCGUUUUACUCGAUAUUGAUUUUGAAAAACUUCCCGGUGAUUGCAUUUUAGCCACAGCAUUUCUAUCAUAUCUUGGUCCUUUUGAUUCCAAGUACAGAGACGGCCUCCUUGAAAAAUGGCAAAAGCAAAUUCAAGAGAAAAAUAUUCCACACACUGAAGAUUUCAAAAUCAUUCGAUUUCUUAGUGAUCCUGUUACAAUCCGAGAAUGGAACAUCCAAGGAUUGCCUCUAGAUGAUUUUAGUACUGAAAAUGGUAUUAUUGCCACUCAGGGACGGCGAUGGCCACUGAUAAUUGACCCACAAAAUCAGGCCAAUGGUUGGAUUCGUAAUCUCGAAAGUCGCGAUCUUAAAACAAUUGAUUUCAAUCAACCGGAUUAUCCUCGUGUUUUGGAAAGAGCUAUGCAAUUUGGCUUUCCAGUGCUUUUACAAAAUGUCACUGAAACAUUGGAUCCAAUAAUCAAUCCAAUAUUGAGUUCAACAUUUACGAUUCAAGGUGGACAGAAAUUUAUCAAAUUUAAUGAUAAAUUUAUAUAUUGCAAAGAAUCUUUCAAGCUCUAUAUUACGACAAAAAUUACCAAUCCACAUUACCCACCAGAGACAUCAUCAAAAACUGCGAUUAUAAAUUUUGCUGUUAAACAAAGUGCCCUAGAAGCCCAGCUACUUGGCAUAAUAGUUCGAAAGGAGAAACCAGCUUUAGAACAGCAAAAAGAUGAAAUGGUUAUGACCAUUGCCAGAAAUAAGCGAAUACUAAUAGACCUUGACAAUCAAAUUCUGCGACUUCUAAAUGAAAGUAGAGGUUCACUGCUAGAAGAUGAUGAACUUUUCAAUACACUUCAAAAAUCUCGACACACUUCUGCACUCGUUAAAGAGUCUCUGAGCACAGCAGAGGUUACAGAAAUAGAAAUAGAUAUCGCCCGUCAAGCGUACCAGCCUGCUGCUGAGAGGGCUUCAAUUCUUUUCUUUGUUUUAACUGACUUGGCGAAAAUCGAUCCAAUGUAUCAGUUUUCAUUAGCUGCUUAUAUUUUGCUAUUUAUUAAGUCUAUCGAAAGAAGCCCAAAACAACAAGUUGUUAAAGAACGAAUUUCUCACAUUAACGAAUACCAUACGUAUGCAGUUUUUAGAAAUACCUGCCGAGGGUUAUUUGAAAAACACAAACUUCUAUUUUCGAUUGCAAUGUGUGCAAAAAUGUUGGAAGCAGCUGGAAAACUAGUCGAAACGGAAUACAAUUUUAUAUUGAAUGGGGGUAUAAUUGUGAAUAGACUUGAUCAGGUUCCAAAUCCAAGUCCAAAUUGGAUUACUGAAGAGAUGUGGGAUAAUGUGACAGAACUUGACAAAACAGCUGGUUUUCAUGGAAUUAUCAAUUCAUUCGAACAAUUUCCUAAACUUUGGCAUGAAUGGUAUAGUUGUACUAUUCCUGAAUCAGAAGCUUUAGUAGGAGAAUGGAAUGACAAGCUUAAUGACUUUCAAAAAAUUUGCGUAGUUCGGUGUUUGCGCUCAGAUAGAAUCAUAUUUUGUCUAUCACAAUUCACGGCUACAAUUCUCGGAUCGAAGUUUGUUGAGGCUCCUAUUUUAGACUUGAAAUCUGCUUUCGAAGAAUCAUCGGCUGAUACUCCCUUAAUUUUCCUCCUUUCGCCUGGAGUAGACCCAACGGGAGGUCUUAUUAGUCUUGCAGAACAGGUCAACAUGUCAUCGAAGCUUUUCUCGCUCAGUUUAGGACAAGGUCAAGCUCCACUUGCAACUAAAUUGAUUAUGGAAGGAGCUAAGGACGGAAAUUGGGUGUUCUUGGCCAAUUGUCAUCUGUCACUAAGUUGGCUUCCUAGUCUAGAUAAAAUCAUCCAAAUGAUACAAGCUACAAAAGUCAAUAAGAAGUUUCGGUUAUGGCUGAGUUCGGAUCCACAUAAAGAUUUUCCGGUGUCAAUUCUACAAACUGGUAUCAAGAUGACCACAGAGCCUCCACGAGGAAUAAAAGCUAAUAUGAAACGACUUUAUAACAAUAUUUCCGAAGAAAAUUUCAACGAAUGCACUGAUCCAAUAACCUACAAAAAGCUUAUAUUUGCUCUCUGCUUCUUUCACUCGGUUUUGAUUGAGCGUAGGAAGUUCCAACAACUUGGUUGGAAUGUAAUUUAUAGUUUUAACGAUUCAGACUUUGAAGUUUCUGAAAUUCUGCUAUUUCUCUACAUCAAUGAGUACGAAGAAACUCAAUGGGAAGCCUUGAAAUACCUCAUAGCUGGUGUUAAUUAUGGAGGACACGUUACUGAUGAAUGGGAUCGCCGUUUACUUAUGACUUACAUAAAUAAUUUCUUUACUAGCGAUGCAAUAACUAUUCCAAGUUAUCGACUUUCAUCCUUGCGAACAUAUCUGAUUCCACCAGAUGGAGAUUUACAAUAUUAUAAGGAUCAUAUUGAACUUUUACCCAACACAGAUAGACCUGAAGCAUUUGGACAGCAUCCAAAUGCAGACAUUGCAUCAUUAAUUGGAGAAACAAAAGACCUUCUUGAUGCUUUGCUUUCCAUUCAAGGGCAAACAUAUAAAGCUUCUGCGGAAAGCAUGGAUUCAAAGGUCUUACGAUUAGCCCAAGAUAUUGAAUCGAAUAUUCCUGAUGAAAUGAAUAACAUUCAGACUGUAAAGAUUUUGGGACUUAAUCGUUCACCUUUGGAAGUAGUUUUGUUGCAAGAAAUGUCUCGAUACAAUGUACUUCUGGCCAAUAUUAAAGUUUGUUUAAGGGACCUACAGAAUGGUAUUAAAGGUUUGGUGUUGAUGGAUAGUGAUCUUGAAGAUGUUUUACAUGCUGUUUUUGAGGGACGAGUUCCAAAUAAUUGGCUUAAAACUUAUCAAUCUCAAAAGCCAUUAGCAUCAUGGACUCGUGAUUUAGUUCAUCGUGUGGACUAUUUCAAUCGAUGGGCAACAACUUUAAAGGCUCCAUCACUUUUCUGGCUAUCAGCGUAUACUUUUCCCACAGGAUAUCUUACUGCGGUUCUUCAGACUUCAGCUAGAGCUUCGAAGACCCCUAUUGAUGAACUUUCCUGGGAAUUUUCAGUUUUUGUAGAAGAUGAAGCUGCUGUUUCCAGAAUGGUUCCAAGUGAGGGCGUUUGUAUUCGUGGACUAUUUCUAGAAGGUGCAGGAUGGAAUAGAAAAGCCCGUUGUCUACAGGAUCCACAGCCUAUGGAACUUGUGUGUCCAAUGCCAGUAAUACAUUUCAAACCAGUGGAGAAUACGAAGAAAAGAAGUCGGGGAAUUUAUCAUUGUCCAACUUACUACUUUGCUCAACGUGCAGGUUCUUUUGUAACGGUGGUUGACUUAAAGUCCGGUUCAGAAACUUCUGACUAUUGGAUUAAACGAGCCACUUCACUUCUGUUGAGUUUAAGUUCAUAAAACUUGAAUAACUGCGUACACCAUUGUUUGAAAAUGGUUUAAAGGUUUUUAAUAUGAUUUGUUUUUGUGUUUAGUUAAAAAUAUAACCUAUUUAUAUUAAAAAUAACGACUGUUUGUUUAUUUUAA